AUGUCUGGCAUUGAUCCCCAGAUCAUCUGUCAUCGCCUACACGUCAACCCAGCUAUCAAGCCUAUAGCGCAAAAGAAAUGGAACUUCGCCCUCGAGCAGGCUGCCAUCAUUGAAGCCGAGAUUGACAAGCUUCUAGAUGCCGCAAAGAAAGAUAAAGGCCUAUGGAAAGUAUGUGUCGACUACACCGACCUUAACAAGGCAUGCAAUAAAGACAACUUUCUACUGCCAAUAAUUGAUCAGCUUAUCGAUUCAACUUCCGGCAAUCAACUGCUAAGCUUCAUGGACGCAUACUCCGGCUACAACCAAAUCAUGAUGCAUGAAGACGACAAGGCAAAGACCUCAUUCAUCAUCGAAAGAGGUACAUACUGCUACAAAGUCAUGCCCUGUGGGUUGAAGAAUGCUGGAGUAACCUACCAAAGGCUGGUGAACAAAAUUUUCAAGGUGCAAAUCAGCAAGACUAUGGAGGUCUACGAAGACGACAUGUUAGUCAAAGCUCCCGAGCGAGCAGACCACAUCAAGAACCUUGCCGAGGCAUUCAGCCUACUUCGAAAAUACAACAUGAAGUUGAACCCGAGCAAAUGCACGUUUGGAGUCUCGUCCGGCCGAUUACUGGGAUACUUAGUCACUCAAAGAGGAAUUGAGGCACAUCUAAGUCAAAUCAAGGCUAUACUCAACAUGAAGUCACCUGCCAUAACAAAGGAGAUACAAAGUCUAACGGGUAGAGCGGCAGCUCUCAACCGAUUCCUCUCAAAAUCUACCAACAAGUGUAGGCUAUUCUUCAAAGCCUUAAAGAAAGGACACAAAGACAAGUGGGAUGACGAGUGUGAAGUAGCUUUUCAAAGCUUGAAAACCUACCUCACUUCACCUCUCUUACUCUCAAAACCAAUACCAAGCGAAGACUUGUACAUCUACCUGGCAAUGUCUGACUCAGCUGUUAGCUCAGCUCUCAUCCAAGAAGAGCUGGGGGCACAACAUCCGAUAUUCUACACUUCAAAAGCUCUCCUCGGUGUAGAGACUUGCUAUCCAAAAUGGAGACACUCAUUUUUUCGCUUGUGUUUUUCACGAGAAAACUAA